CGGAGCCACUGACGUCACCAUACCGGAAGUAAACAAAGCAGCCGAGGCUGUCGUCACAGAGGCGCUCAUGUCACCCACCGCCCCGUGCCAUGGCAGCGCGAGCAGGUGUGACGCGGCUCCGGAAGGCACCGACUCCUCGCCGCCGCCCGGGGCCCUGACGCCGCCGGGUGGCCUCCGCAGCGCCAUGGCUGAGGUGCUGGGGCAGAAGAGCCUGCUGGGCGUCGGGGUGGUGCUGGCCUGGCUGCUGCUGUUCCACCUGCUGGUCAACAUCUGGCUGCUGUGCGUGUUCACCAGCCUGCUGGUGGUGCUCGGCGGCUGGCUCGGCUCACAGGCCGUCCUGGAGUCCAACAGCGUGGUUCACCUGGAGAGGUUCAUCACCCUGGAGCAGCUUGAACCGUCCGUGGAGGACGAGUGUGACCUGGACCGGGAGAUCCACAACACGGUGAGGAAAAUCAUCAGGGACUUUGUCACCUCCUGGUUCUCCACUGUGUCCUCGGAGAGUGGCUUUGAGACGGAGGUUCAAGAGGCCAUGAUCUCCAUGGCCAUGGAGCUGAAGAGCCGCGCGAGGCAGCUGGACAGGAAGGAGCUGACCCUGAGGAUCCUGGAUCUGUUCGGCGGCCACCUGCAGGAUUACAUCAGAGCCAAGGAGAUGGCGUCCGAGCGGCCGCACCCCCCCGCGGCCACGUGGAGCGGCGAGGGCGAGCGCCUGUGGCUGGCCUACUCCGUGGUUACCGCGCCUCACCCGGCCGCCAGUUGCGGCGACUGCGACGCCGCCGGCGUGCAAGUCAACUACACCAGAGCGGUGGUGGAUCUGCUGCUCCACGUGCUGGUGCCCUCGCCACACCUGGAGAGCCGCACGGGCCGCUUCGUGGUCGGGGAGCUCAUCACCUGCAACGUGCUGCUCCCGCUGAUCGCCAAGCUGUCCGACCCCGACUGGCUGAACGGCCUCCUGAUCGAAAUAUUCGGCGAGCGGGAGCCGGCGGCGGCGGCGCCGUCGACUCCGCCGGGUCCCACAACGCCGUCGCCGUCGCCCGUCGAGCCGGAGCUCGCUCUGCUGCGAGAGGAACAAACGCCGCAGACGGAUGGCGAGGCUCCUCCUCCGAGAGAAACGGUCAGUGAGGCUGGGACGCCCGAGCUCGCCGCCUACGACGUGAUCGACCACGACGAGCACGAUGGUCCGCAGAGCAACGCCGAGGAGGAGGAGCCGGCGCCGCCCUUUUUGGGGCACUACGGCAAGUCGAACCCUUUCUACCAGGAGACCGACUCGGACCUGGACUCCCCCUCGGCGGACUACAAGCGAGGCUCCAUCGACUCUCUGGUCCUGGCCUUCGACGGGAGGGACGGCGUGGACCCGGAGGAGCCCGACGGCGACUGUCCCAGAGUCCUGGUGAACUCUGAGCCGGUGGGGCAGCUGAACGGGGGCCUCCGGGACCUUCACAGGGAGGCUUCCCCCGCGGGGAACCCGGCCCGGGAGCUCCUCCUGGGGGUGGAGCACAACGAGCUGAGUGUGGUCAGCCCGCCGCAGAGCUCCUCCCCUUUGGCCACGUUCAGCUUCGAGCCGCUGAUCAGCCCCGACGGGCCCGUCGUCAUCCAGAACCUCCGAAUCACCGGCACCAUCACCGCCAAGGAGCACCGAGGCACCGGCUCGCACCCCUACACCCUUUACACCAUCAAGUACGAGACGGCCAUGGGCUGCGAGACCCCGGGCAGCGCCCCCCCGGGCUCGGAGGACGCCGAGUUCUCGCCGGCGGGGGGCGAGGAUCCUCCGGCCGUCCAGCAGGUGGCGUUCCACACGGUGAACCGGCGCUACAGCGAGUUCCUCAACCUGCAGACCCGGCUGGAAGAAAAGAACGAGCUGCGCAGACUCAUCAAAGCUGUCAAAGGUCCAAAGAAGAUUUUCCCCGACAUGCCGUUUGGAAACAUGGACAGCGACAAGAUAGAAGCCAGGAAGGGGCUCCUGGAGACCUUCCUGAAGCAACUGUGUGCCGUCCCUGAAGUGGCCAACAGCGAAGAGAUGCAGGAGUUCUUGGCCCUCAACACCGACGCCAGGAUCGCGUUUGUCAAGAAGCCUUUCAUCGUGUCGCGCAUCGACAAGAUCAUGGUGAACGCCAUCGUGGACACCCUGAAGACGGCGUUUCCUCGCUCAGAACCUCAGAGCCCGACGGAGGACAACGACUCUGAGGUGGAUGGAGCCAGAAUAAGUAUCGACAAGAAGAGCAGGUCUCGUCUGAAGUUCUCCAAUAAAAACGUCCCCUUCAUGAACGGGUCGGACACGAGAGCGCCGCUUCUCUUCAGCCUGGAGCCGACCAGCACGGUGUUCAACGGGAUGUCACUGGGAGACCUUCAGGCCUUCAUCGCUGAGCAAGAGAAGACUUCCGUCCCAGCGUUGUUGGGGGGGGAGGACGCUCCGCAGACCAGAGGAUUCAGAGUACUGAAGGGCGACAACAGGCAGGAAGCUGAUGAGGCGGUGCUGGCCGAGGUGGCCCUGAACCUCCUGUGCGUGCUGGUGGAGGAGCAGUGGAGCUGGCUCUGCACAGAGAACUUCCAGAGGAGCAUCCGGCUGCUGUUCGGCACGCUCAUCGACAGAUGGCUGGACGUGAGCGUGGCCAACUUGACGUGCACCUCGUACUGGGUGACGUACCUGCAGGUCAUCCAGGAGUCCGUGUGGCCGGGUGGAGCUCUGCCGACGGCGCCUCCGCCCGAACGCAGCCGGCAGCAAAAGGACAGCACCCGGCAGCAGGCUUUGCACUGCCUGAUGAGACUCGUACCAGAUCUGAUCUCUGACCUGUUGGGUUCAGAGAAGUACAAGCUGUGCUGGCAGACUGCUCUGGACUCCCUGCAGGACCCCAACGUUAACAGACACCUGCUCUACUGCCUCUUGGACCUCCUGCUGGAGUUCCUGGUUCCCGAGCUGCCCGAGGAGGACUUCCAGAGGAGCCUGCUGCGGACGCUCUCCAGGAACCCAGAGAAGCUGCUGGCGUGACCUGGGCUCUAAAUGUUCUGAUUAGCGUUGGAAGGCAUCGCUCCGCGGUGUGUUCAGGGUCCACACGCGGCGCUUUGAGACUAACGUGCACUUUCUUUGUGACGAGUCGAGCUGUUUGACAUUCUGACGUCACCGAAGUCUCGUUGUGAGUAAAAGAAAAGUCGAUGUUUCCGUCAUUUCGGAACCAUUAAGCCUCUGUGUUGCACCUAUUUAUUGACUAUUGAUGUGCUCGAUUCCCCCUUCAUGGCGUCACGGAGGAGCGUCCUGGUGCUUGUUGCUGCGUCUCGCCUUAAUGACUCUUUGUUGUGAUGGAGCUGUUAUUUGUGGUGAAGUGAAACAGAAGAAAGAAGAAAGACUCUCAUAUUAAACCACAAAAUAUUUGCUCCAAUAAUCAUUGCGAACUUCUUGCUUUAACGAGAUUUGUUUUCAUUUUCUUGUGAUUAAACCAUGUUUCUCCUUUAAAAUUCCAAAGCUCCUUAUGGUAUAUAUUGUUAUUAUUGCACUACAACUCUGAAUUAAAAUUCAGAUCUUCGAAUUUAAUGUGAUGGAGUUUCAAGUAGUGGAGAUAAAAAAAAAAGUUAAAAACAAAUGAUGUGUUUAUUGGUCACGUGCUGAAAACUACUAAUAAUAUUAUAUAUAUAUAUAUAUAUAUAUAUAAUUCAAACUUUCUGGAUUGUUAUUCUUAUUCUGUUGAUGACCUGUUGUCUGUGGUUAAAAUGUUUUUGGUAAAACAAUAUGAAGAAAACAAUGUUUUAGUCCAAAAAAAGUUACAUAAUGAAAAACAGGCUGUUUAUAAAGUGAAAAGUGAGUUUUGUGGUGAAGCUUCUGAGCUUUAACGAUGAUUCUUUGCUUCAUGUCUCACUAACGCUGCUGCUGUUGUUUCACAGGCGUCAUGUUACCAAACAAUAAAGACUUGUUCCAGUUAAUAAA